UCUGUGAUCAUAAUGGUUCAUGUUCUAAAAAUUAUUAAGCUUCUUUUCAAGUACGAAAUAUAUAAUAUAUAUGUGGUAAAAAAUGCCAAGUGAAUUAAUAACUCUACAAUUGGGGCAAUGUGGAAAUCAAGUUGGUUUCGAGUUUUGGAAGCGCCUGUGUAUGGAACAUGGCAUUUUGCCAAAUGGUAUGGUGGAAGAUUUCAGCGCGGAAGGAAUCGAUCGUAAAGAUGUGUUUUUCUAUCAAGCUGAUGAUAAUCAUUACAUACCCAGAGCUGUGUUAUUGGACUUGGAACCGAGAGUCAUACAUACUAUUUUGACUUCAAGUUAUGCCAAACUUCAUAAUCCGGAAAAUAUUUAUUUGUCCAAAGAUGGCGGCGGUGCAGGCAAUAAUUGGGCAUCCGGUUAUAGUCAAGCUGAAAAGGUACAAGAAGAAGUUUUUGACAUCAUCGAUCGGGAAGCUGAAGGUAGUGAUGCUUUAGAGGGUUUCAUGUUGUGCCAUUCUAUUGCGGGUGGUACCGGUUCUGGAAUGGGCUCAUAUAUAAUGGAGCGUUUGUCAGAUCGUUUCCCAAAGAAAAUUCUUAAGACGUAUAGCGUUUUUCCAAAUCACGAUGAGAUGAGCGAUGUUGUUGUGCAACCAUAUAAUUCGCUUUUAACAUUGAAGCGUUUGACAACAUCUUCGGAUUGCGUUGUUGUCUUAGAUAAUACAGCACUGGAUCGUAUAGCUACCGAUCGUUUACGCAUAAAAAAUCCUUCAUUUCAGCAAAUAAAUUCACUUGUAUCCAACAUAAUGUCGGUUAGCACUGUAUCGUUGCGUUUUCCAUCAUACAUGAAUAACACUUUGUGUGAGUUAAUAGCUCCAUUGAUACCAAUGCCAAAUUUACAUUUUUUGAUGACCGGUUACACUCCGAUUACAAACGAGGAUUUGCCACAGGUCAAUGUUACACGCACCACCGUUUUAGAUGUAAUGCGUAGACUCUUACAAUCAAAGAAUAUGAUGGCUUCUUUGGGUUCGGAUAAAACGAAUCAUCAUUGUUAUGUUUCUAUUUUAAAUAUCAUACAAGGCGAUGUCGAUCCAACUCAAGUACACAAAUCUUUGCAACACAUACGUGAACGUCGUUUGGCACAGUUCAUACCAUGGGGUCCAGCUAGCAUACAAGUUGCUCUAUCGCGCAGCUCACCAUUUGUACAGACCAACCAUAAAGUGUCCGGCUUAAUGUUAGCUAACCAUACUGGAAUCAAUUGGUUAUUUACGCGUGCGCUAUCACAAUUUGAUAAGCUACGAAAGCGUGGCGCAUUUUUGGAUCAAUUUCGUCGUGAAUCUAUGUUUAAGAAUGACCUUUCGGAGUUCGAUGAGUCGCGCGAAAUAGUUGAUUCUGUAACCCAGGAGUAUGAAGCUGCAACGGGGACAAAUUACUUGCACUGGGCUCCAACUCGUAAGAAUCCUUAGGACGUGUUACUUUCUUUGAUUUACUGAUUUUGUCAUUCAGUAAUAAAAUCAGUAAUAGAAUAGUAAUAGAAUAAUUGCAUGAUUAUUCAAAUGAAUUAAAAAGAAGUGUUCAAUUUAUAUUAAAAUUCAAUGAAAUCA